CUCUUACUUCAAAUUUUCUUGGAGGGAAUUAUUGCUUUGAUCCAUGUCGUGUUGGUGGUUGUUGUCCACAAUUUUCAUAGUCACGCUUUGUCGAAAAAUAUGCAUGGCUCAAAAUUUCUCAGCAAUUUUUGUUUUUGGUGAUUCGCUGGUGGAUGUGGGAAACAACAACUACAUACCAUCUAUUGCCAAGGCUGAUCAUGACCCCAUCGGUGUAGAUUUUGGGAAGGCAACAGGACGAUUUACGAAUGGAAGAACUGUUACCGACAUUUUAGGACAACUAUUGGGUUUUAAAAGUUUUCCUCCACCAUACCUGGCUCCCACCACCGUUGGACCGGUAGUUCUACAAGGCGUCAAUUAUGCUUCUGGUGCUAGUGGAAUCCUUGAUGAAUCAGGAGCAAACUAUAUUGGGAGAAUCCCAAUGGAUGCACAACUGGACAACUUUGCAAAGACCAGGCUCGACAUAAUCUCAAGCAUAGGUGCUCCUGCAACACUUAAGUUGUUCGCUACUGCUCUCUUCCAAGUAACAACUAGUUCAAACGAUUUUAUCAAUAACUACUUCCUACCAAGCCUGAUCAAGAAUCAACCACCACCUGAAACUUUCAUUGAAACCCUGAUUUCAGCAUUUAGAAGGCAACUUACGAAACUUUAUGAUCUUGGUGCUCGAAAGAUUAUCGUCACAAAUGCUCCUCCUGUUGGAUGCAUCCCAUAUGAAAGGGAUUAUAAUCCUUCAACUGGAAAAGGGUGUGUAGCCUCUCAAAAUUUCGUAGCACAACAAUUCAAUCACCUGUUGAAAGGGAUGCUCAUAGAACUUACAGCCACACUCAAAGGAUCGACAUUUGUUUAUGCAGAUGUGUAUCGUAUCGUCGACGAUAUCAUCCAAAACUAUAGAUCAUACGAUUUUGAAAUCGCAGAUAGUGCAUGUUGCCACGUGCUGGGCUCACAUGGUGGUCUACUUCCAUGUUUGCCAUACGCUAAGAUUUGUCCAGAUAGAUCAAAGAUAUGA